CACACACACACACACACACAAAUUGACAUAAUUUAUUUGCCUUCCACACUAGACUGCGAUAAUGAGCCAUGGGCUAUAACUCGAAAGUAUUUCUAUAUUCUUGAACUGGAACAUUAACAAUGCGCAUGUUUUCAAUUAAUUCUCUUUUACAAGGACAACUUCUGAAUUCUGGAAAGAUAAAUAAGCCCAGGGUUGGUGGUGGGGUGGUGCUGGUGCGGCGGUUGGUGAAGGCUCCGCCGGACAGCGAUAUGUUCCAGGCGGCCACCUCCGGGGACCGUGACUGGCUGCGACUCAGCCUGAAGCGGGCGCUGUCCCCAACGCAGCUCGACAAACAGGGUCUGACGGUGCUCCAUGUGGCCGGCCUACACGGGCAGUUGGAGUGUAUGAAGCUGCUGUUGGCAUCCCAAGUGGUGGACAUAAACGCCAGCUGCCCCCUGGGCCGCAGACCCAUCCACAUGGUCCUCACUGCCAAGAGCAGACCCCACUCCCAUGCCUGCCUCACCUACCUACUGGAGCAUGGAGCCCUGCCAAACGUAGCCACUGACACAGGGUUGACACCCCUCCACCUGGCUGCCACCGAGGGCCUGUGGGAGUGUACCAAGACUCUAGUGCAGGCGGGGGCAGACACUGGUGCACGAGACAACCGAGGACACACACCUCUGGAACUGGCACGCAUCUGGUGCCACAGAAGGAUCGCCAGGUUUCUGAAGGACUCUAUGUGGCAGAACGAGAAGAAAAGAGAGAUGGAGAGGCGCAAGGCGCUGCAGAACCUUCGGCAGGACCUGUUCAACAUGCACAGGAGGGCCGAGAACAUAGAGAAGGUGGGGAGACAGAAGUUGAUGGAAGAGAAGGUCACGGCGUGGGCCGAUAAAAAAGGCCUUCCCCUCCUCUGGGCCCAGCCUAUGGCCACAUGGAACCAGGCUCACGCCCACUGUCUCUCCCCAGACCAGAGGCCACAAAGCCAGAGGACCAAGGUCUGCCACAGGCAGCAUCCAGGGGCCCCUCCUCGGGAGGCCUGGAACAUCUCCCCCAACCCCUCCAAACCCCCGCCGGCCUCUGUCUCCCGGCCCCAGGGGGUGCGUUUGAGCAGCCAGCCCGAGAGGUCCCCUCCAGAGCCCGACCUGAGGCACAGCAUAACUCUCUGCAGGGCCCAUGGGGAUGGACGUCCCCAGUACACUGCCAAGUGGGACGGGUCCCCCCAGUCGGUCCCCAACCUGCCCUGGGAUGUCCUCCAGAGGGGGCUGUUCCUUGCUGCCUUCCCAUCAAGGAUUGCCUCGCCCAACCACUUCCAGCCCAACCAUGUGCUGGAUCUGCCGCGCCUCGGCUGCUCCCCAGGACCCAACACCUCUCCCUGGACAGAGGUGGCCAUGCACCUGGCUGAGGAGCUGGAGCCUGGCCACUACUGACUGGAUGGAGAGGUAGAAGUUGCCCCUAACCAAUUAUCCUGAGUCAGAUUUAUUUCAUCCCUCUAAGUGUUAAGGUUAGAAUGGCAGGUAGGGUAAUCCUAGAUCUGUGGUUGGGGGCAACUUCUACUUUAAGGAGUGGUGGAGAUCCACUUUCUCCCAGUCUUACACUGUAGAGACACUGUACUGACUCUACUGUGACCAAGCACCAAGACUCUACUGUCACCAAGCAUCACAGGUGAUUGGACAGUGGUGUUCUGCAAAACAUAGAUUUUGCAUAUCAGGAGUAUUUUUAUUAUUAUUAUUAAAAGGUGUGAUAUUUGAGAAGCAUUACUGGUGGCAUUAAUACUGUAUAUUCUUGUCCAAUAAAAAUUGUCAGAGAUUA